AUGGAUGAGAUUUCGUCUUCCACAAAUGUCACUCAAGAUGUUGGUUCAAUCUCCGAUGAAAAUAAAGAAUCGUGGCAACAUUUUGUCUUCCACGACCUUUCAUCAAUCAAGGAUUUCUAUGCUAAAUACGCUCAUGAAAAGGGAUUUAGCGUGAGAAGAAAUUUGCACUCCUUCUUUGAUUCUCGUAACAAAAAAACGGACAUUGUUCAAUAUAUCCGUUAUGUUUGUAACAAGCAUGGUUUCAAGCACGGAAGUCGGGCGGAUCCUAAGAACAAGACAAACUCGGAUACUCCUGUUCUCAUUGAAUAUCACAAAGAGAAAGAACUUCCCAAGGAAAGGAUUGGUUGCCCAGCUAGUAUUUCGUUGAAGUAUGAUUCCAAUGUUAAAGGUUAUCACAUAUACAAAUGGAAUGUUACUCAUAACCACCCUCUCCAUAAACCCGAGCAUUCGCAUUACUUGAGAUCGGCUCGAGAGAUUAGUGAGCCUAAAAAACAACUUGCUAUAGUAAAUUCAAAAUCAGGCAUGUCUGUAAGAUCCUCCUUUCAAGUUAUGCGUCAAAUACCUGGUGGUUCAAAGAACCUUGGGUAUUGCUUCCAAGAUUUAAAGAACUUUCUCACCACUGUUCGACAAAAGGAAAUGGUCAUUGGUGAUGCAACUAUUAUCCAAGAAUAUCUUAGAAACGAAGCUUUGAGGAACCCAUCAUUUUAUUAUGAUAUCCAAGUAGAUUCUGAAGAGAACAUAGCUAGUAUUUUCUGGUCAGAUGCAAUCAUGCAGCAAGACUAUGAAUUAUUUGGUGAUCUCAUCAGUUUCGACACAACUUAUCGAACAAAUACGGAGUAUCGCCCAUUAGACCAAGCUUCUGCUUUGAUGAAGUCAGUUCCAAACAUCUUUCCCGAUGUCUUCCAUGGGUUGUGUUCUUGGCACAUGGGGGAGAAUGCAAAGUCCAACUUAGGCUCUCGUUGCAAUGGUGCAUUUCUUGACGAACUACAUCACUUGGUUUCGAAUGUUGAUGAUGAGGCAGAGUUUGACUUCAAUUGGAAUAAGAUGCUUCAAAAUUGUUUUGGUGGUAAAGCCACUUCUGAAUUUACUUGGCUUGUCCAGAUUCAUCAUAAUCGUACUCAAUGGUCUUCUGCUUGGGUGAAAUCACACUUCACUGCCGGUUUGAAGACCACACAGUUAAGCGAGUCGUUCAAUGCCUUUCUUCGCCACUUUCUUCAGCCAGACCACUCACUUGUGCAAUUCUUUAUCCAUUUCAAUGUUAUGGUUGAGAAAAUGCGAGAUAAUCAUGCUGAUUGUGAUUUCAAGGCUGCCAAUACUAGGCCAAGAAACAAUUAUCCCAACAGCCAACUCAUGAGGUCUGUUGUCGCCAAGUAUACUCCAGCAUCGUUUGCAUUCAUUCACAAGCAAUAUGAUCUUUCUUUCAAAUAUUAUUAUGAGGAGGACACAUCAAGAAGUUCAAUUUCUAAUAGAGUUUUCAAAGUGUUCACAAUUCAACUUGUUCGUGAUGUCGAUGAGAUGGAUUUUGAUAAUGAUGCCGCUGCGAAUGUUUAUAUGUCGGUCGAAGAAGUUCCAGAAAACCUUCUUCCUAAUGAUCAAGAUCCUUUGCGACUUGAUGAGAGGGUUGCUACUGUAGAUAUUGGGAACAAGAUUUUUACUUGUACAUGUCGUAUGUUCGAGAACCGGGGAUUCUUAUGUCGCCAUGUUUUCAAGAUAUUAGACUUCUUAGGGAGUUCUGUCCAAUACCAGUCCUUGAAGUCCAUACCUGACCAAUACAUAUUGAAGCAUUGGACUAAAGGAAUUCGUCCAUCCCUUGAUGCUUUAAAACCCAUCAGUAUUGGAGGUAUUUAA